AUGACUGUCGAAACUUCCGACUCGCUGAAAAAGCAUAAAAAGACAAAGAAGGAGAAGAAAGCCACGUCCAGUGAGAACGGUUUGCCCAAGGAAUCGAUUGGGACUCUGGAAAUGAGCGAUUUGAACCUCCACGACACACCAAAGAAGGAAAAGAAACGCAAGAGGAAGGAGGCGGAUGUAAAUGAUACGGCAGACGAACCGUUGCCCAAAAAGGCGAGGAAGGAUGCCAACGCCAACGAGGCGUCCCCCUCUGAGGCAAAACUCAGCAAGGAGGAGCGCAAGAGGAGAAAGAAAGAAGCCAAAGAGGCUUUGGAGGCGACCUCGUCGGCAGUCCCGGAGAGAGUGCAGUCUUUCCUCACAAAAAACGCAAUCACGAUCCAUGGGGACGUCACUCCCAUCUUAGACUUUUCUCAAAUCGAUAUUCCCGCUGCUUUGAUGGAAACACUCUCCAAAUUCAAGGAGCCCACGCCGAUCCAAGCGUGUUCGUGGCCACCGUUACUCGCUGGUCGGGAUGUUGUUGGAAUCGCAGAAACUGGAAGCGGCAAGACACUUGCGUUUGGCAUUCCAGCAUUGGCCCGUUUGGCGGCUACAGAGCGCCCACCAAAGGGACAGAAUAUCAAUGUCCUUGUAGUUGCCCCUACAAGAGAGCUUGCUAUUCAAACGCACGAUACCCUUCUCGCCGCUGGAAAGCCACUCGGAAUCACCAGCGUGUGCUUGUAUGGUGGCACUGACAAAGAGGCUCAAAAGAAGUCGCUCAAGGAUAAGAAACUGCGUAUCGUCGUUGGCACUCCAGGGAGGCUGCUGGAUCUUGCUAAUGAGGGUGCUUGCAGUUUUGAGCACGUAUCUUUCCUCGUCCUUGACGAAGCCGAUCGUAUGCUUGAUAAGGGAUUCGAGAAUGACAUUCGAAAGAUCAUUGGCAUGACAGCGCAGGACGCUCGUCAGACUUUAAUGUUCAGCGCGACGUGGCCUGACAGUGUCAGGCGACUCGCAGCUUCAUUCCAAAAGGACCCCGUUCGUAUUACGGUUGGACAGGAUGACCUUACGGCGAACCGCCGCGUCGAGCAAGUCAUUGAUGUCUUUGACGAUCCAAGAGAAAAAGAUUCCAAACUUCUUAAAAUUCUAAAGCAAGUACAGAAAAAGAGCAUCACACCAGGCUCCGACGAGUCUCGGACGCUCGUCUUUGUCCUCUAUAAGAACGAGGCGCCUCGGGUUGAGCAAUUGCUCCGUGGCCAAGGCUACUCUGUCUGUGUAUUACAUGGAAAUGUAUCACAGGACGCCCGACUCAAGGCACUCAAUGACUUUAAGACCGGCAAGGUCGGAGUCCUCAUUGCUACGGACGUCGCGGCGAGAGGUCUUGAUAUUCCAAACGUCGGGACGGUCAUCAACUAUACCUUUCCUUUGACCGUUGAAGACUAUGUGCAUCGCAUAGGAAGAACUGGUCGAGGAGGACGUGAAGGCAAGAGCGUCACCUUCUUCACUGGAGAAAAGCAUGAAAAGGCGCUCGCUGGGGAGCUGGCCAAGGUUGUGCGUGAAAGUGGCUUCGACGCAGCUGCCGAAGGUCUACGGCAACGGUUUGAUAUGACCAUAAAAAAGAAGACGCACAACGUGUACGGGGCCCACUUUAAGGAGAUAGACUCUACGGUCAAAGGAACCAAAAUUGUAUUUGACUAG